GAUCAUGACCCGCGUCACCAGCCAAUACAAAAUGACACGACAGCGACGAGCACCUCGCGCGAACGUGAGCACUUAGAGGUCCACCAACACGAGCUGCCAGAUCAAGAACGCCGAUUGGACAACUCGUCACCGCAUCAACCCACCGGGCGUUCCGGCCGCCACUACCUCCGAUACAACGAGUCGAACGCACCGACGCGCGGAUCCGGCGGCGUCGCAUCGCGCGCCGGCGAUGGGCCGGAAGCUCGCAGUGCUGGUGGGCAUCAACUACCCGGGCACGGAUGGGGAGCUCAAGGGCUGCCUCAACGACGUGGCCCGCAUGCGCCGCUGCCUCGUGGACCGCUUCGGCUUCGACGAGGCCGGCAUCCGCGUCCUCGCCGACGCCGACCCGUCCAUGCCGCCGCCCACGGGGGCCAACAUCCGGCUGGAGCUCGAGCGGCUCGUCGGGAACGCGCAGCCCGGGGACACGCUCUUCUUCCACUACAGCGGCCACGGCCUGCAGCUGCCCGCCGAGACCGGGCGGGACGACGACACCGGGUACGACGAGUGCAUAGUGCCCUGCGACCUGAACCUGAUCAAAGACCAAGAUUUCACGGAACUCGUAGCAAAGGUACCUGACGGCUGCCUCUUCCCCAUGGUCUCGGACUCGUGCCACAGCGGCGGCUUGAUCGACAAGACCAAGGAGCAGAUCGGGAACAGCACCAAGCAGAACAAAACCCAGCAACGGGAGCGAGAGAUGCGGCCUCGUCCCGGCACCAGUCUCUCCACCUCCCUCCUGCGGAUCGUCCGUGGCACGUUCGAGUCUCUCGGCAUCCACCUCCCUCGCCGUGGCCAGCAGCAGAGCAGCAGCGUCCAGAGUGGAGGCCCGGAGCCACACGCGAAGGCAGAGGCAACCACACGCGCCAGCAGCACCACCAACCGGUCGCUGCCGCUCUCGACGUUCAUCGAGAUGCUCAGGGACAGGACCGGGAAGCACGACGUCGGCGUGGGCUCGAUCCGGACGACGCUGUUCCACCACUUCGGCGACGACGCGAGCCCCAAGAUCAAGAGGUUCGUCAAUGUCAUGUUAGGCAAGCUCCGGCACGAUGGCAAGCUGGACGCUCUCAGGGCAGCCCUGGAACAAGAGGCGCACAGCGUCCAGGAGGUGUACGCCGGGACGGCGGCGAGGGUGGUCGUGCCUCGCCCUCGCAACGGCGUUCUGAUCAGCGGGUGCCAGACGGGCCAGACCUCGGCGGACGCGACCACGCCGGACGGCGUGUCCUACGGCGCGCUCAGCAACGCCAUCCAGACCAUCCUCGCCGGGAAGAAGCACGGGACGGUGACGAACAGGAAGCUGGUGCUGAAGACGCGGGAGCUGUUGUCCAAGCAGGGGUACACUCAGCAGCCCGGCCUUUACUGCAGCGAUGAGCACGCCAACCUGCCUUUCAUUUGCUGAGACAUCUGCGCCGUGUGGAGCGAUGUAUUCUUUGUCCAUUGAAGAGAUUAUCUGGCUUCUUGGUGCGUGGAGGCUACGCUUUUGUUAAAUAUUUGUCAGUUCCGUUGCAUCGUAGCGUGCUGUUACCUGAACAACCGGGAUCCUCCGAUUCCACGGGGAGUAAAGUCACAUUCCACUGUGAAAUAUGAUUUGAUGCUAUAAUACUCGAAUCA